CGGCUGGUACCCGAAACCGCUAUCUAAGUUCAACCGUUCCAAACAACUGUUCCGCGGUAUUUUACCCAUCCCGCAUCAUCCUCCCCCCACCACAGUUUUUGUUUUGCAUUUCUUUGGAAUAGGAAUGAAAUCCACUUAUGUGUACUUUGCUGUAAAGUUGUAUGUGUUUACCUUUUCAUUGUUUGAUUAGUUCAGUGUUGUGAUUAUCACUUCCGACUGUAUACUAAUUUUAAUACCAGGUCAAUUACUGGAUAUUGUUUUCAGCAUGUGUGAACCAAGACCCAAUGAAGUAGUAAGCGAAAAUGGUGCCAUUGGCGACCAUGAUGAGGCUGACGUUUUGGGAUCCACUUUCUGGAAGGGUUGGCCUUGCAAAUGGAUGAAGAACAACAUCCUAUGUUACAAGGAUAAGAAACAGAAGAGAGAAGCUGUUAUGCCAGUGCCAAAACAUGCUCUUUUUUACAAAAUGGAUCACAAAUAUAGGGGAAUUGCUGUGAUAUUAAACCAUGAAAACUUCAUGCCCAAUAUGAAACUGAAGCCCCGGGCUGGAACCAAUGUGGACUCGGAGCAGCUGGAGAAAUCACUCAGAAGGUUGGGGUUCCAGAUACAAGUUCAUUAUGAUCUCACUGUUGAAAAAAUCGACAAAAUCAUAGAAAAAGUUAGUCAACAGGACCACAGUGACAAUGACUGUUUCGCUCUUGCGUGUCUGUCACAUGGGGAGCAAGGUAUCCUCUACGCUUACGAUGCCCCAUACAAGCCGGACACACUGUGGUCUCGCUUCACGGCUGACAAGUGCCCCAGUCUUGCCGGAAAGCCUAAAUUGUUUUUCAUUCAGGCUUGUCAAGGAGACCAGUUGGACGGUGGAGUGAUGCUACGUUCUCAGGUUGAUUCUAGUCCAUCAUACAGAAUACCAGCUCAUGCUGAUUUCCUAAUAGCUUAUUCAACUAUUCCAGAGGACCCCAGCCAGUUGACAACACCACAGGCUUCGGUAUUGACGGAGGGAGUCAGUCAAACCCUGACCAAAAAACUGUCCACAACAUCUUUGACAGAGGAACCCAGCCAGUCGACAACCCCACAGGCUUCGGUAUUGACGGAGGGAGUCAGUCAAACCCUGACCAAAAAACUGUCCACAACAUCUUUGACAGAGGACCCCAGCCAGUCGACAACCCCACAGGCUACACCUACUGCAUUUGCUCCAAGUAAUGAGAAAGACGCCAGCAUCAUUGUAGGUUUCUACUCUUGGCGUAACACAAUGCGAGGUUCGUGGUUCAUGCAAGCCCUCUGUGAAGAGAUAAAUGAACACGGCUUCACUAUUGACAUGCUCACGCUGCUUACAUUUGUCAACCGAAAGGUGGCUGUGGAUUUUGAGUCCAAUGUUCCAGACAACGCUGUCAUGCAUGCACAGAAACAGAUACCUUGCAUAACUUUCAUGCUCACUCGUGUACUUAAAUUCUCGGAGAAGACUGAAACCAAUGAAGUUUACUGACCUCUUAUUCCUGAAUAGAGAUCUAAACUUGCAUUUAAUGUACUUGACAUUGAACGAUUCAUUUGCCUGCCUGCCUGCCUCUUGGUUAUGUUAGACUAUCAAUAUUUAGAUGGUAUGUACAAUAUUAUAAGAAAUGCUGUUGUUUUGUGGAUAAAGCUAGGUCCAUCCACAUACUCCAAAUGGUGCAAAAUUACGCUGAACUACAUAUGAUGUGGUGUCUCUCAGAGUAUGCUCUGACAAUGGCCAUCUAGAAGUGUCAAAUAGUUUUUUCAGAAAUAGACCUCUGUUAGAUUAUAGAAAAUCUACUCCUUCUCUUUUAUAUCUAUAAAAAAAUCAUAAAGCUGUCAUGAAGAAGAAUCUCAUUGAACAUUAUUAACAAUCAGUUUGCACAAUAUUUUUAUUUGUAUAUUUUUUUCAAUAAUCUUUUUUUUACUAGAUUAUUUAGUCUAUAUAAGUUUAUAACUGAAUUAUAUGCUUCAAUAAUUUUAGUAAGUAGUUUUAUAAACUGUCUUUAAUGUGAUUGUUGAUGAUAGCAGUCGUGGAAUGUUGUAACUAUAAAUUUAUAAAUAUUAGAAUUGUUCAGAAAGUAAAGAUUGUUAAUCACUUAUAAAAAAAUUAUUUUUCAAAGUAGAGCUAUGUCCAAAAUUAAUAUUAUUAGCUUUCUCCAUCAGAACCACUAUAUAAGUUAGGUUUCCUGAUAUUUAAUCAGUAUAAGUUAAUACAAAUUCACAAUUACACCAAAUUAACCUUAUACUUGAAUAUUUCUACUGCUUUUAUUAUUUCCACUUAUAUAUUAUGUAUGUUCAAUUCUCACAAAGCCGUACUGACGUUUGUUGCAUUGACUGCAAUUAUUGCUUGUUUCAGUGUUUAGACCAUUUCAAAAGCUUUAACUUCUAAAAUUAUUUUUGGAAAAGGAAGAAAGACCAGACAGAAGCUGAUAAUGUAAUACAGUCCCCAAUUUUACACUUUAUUUUAUUGAAGUUUUUGGGAACAUUUUUCUUUUUUAGGUAAUUUAUAAUUAACAUUGAACAAGGUAAUCCAUGUUGAACUGUUCUUAAUUCUCAGAAUAAUGGACAGCGUUCAUGGCCAUGUUUUGUAAUUACAAAGUUGAAAGUGAGAUGUUUAAGAAGCUUGUAGGCAAUGAAAUCCAGUAAUAAUUCAUAAAUGGUUUUGUCUAUUAUCAGUCACUUUUAAUGUACAGAAAUAGUCUUUACUUUCUUAACAACCCUUUUACUACCCUCAUUGAUUGUGUAAAUUAUUGUAAAUUCCUGAUAAAUACACAGAAUAUAAGUAAAUUUACCACUAAAUUAAUGUAGUGUAGUAUCACUCGUCUACAAAAUAUUCUAUAUAUUUAUGUAUUAUCGUUUGUAGAGUAUGACUCUCAUAGCUUAGUUCUCCUCAUCUUGUCUCAUUCUUGCUGGUUCAAGAAAGUGUAUUAACAGUCAUUCUUGUUUCACAAAACAUAAUAUGUCAUGUUUUUAAAUAUAGCGUAGCAGAUUAUUACACUGUUUUUGCAUUUAAAGUGUAUUUUGUAUUUUAUCAUUACUAUUGUAAACUAAAUACAAAACUCAUAUAUAAUCGGUAAACUCAUGAAUUGUAAUAAUAUUGAAGUAACAUUACAUAUUCUAUUGCAAAAGAUAACUUUUUUGUUAAAAAAAUGACCAAUUUUAUAUAUUAUAUUAUUAUAUUUAUAGUAAUAUAUAUUUACAUGACGUAUAUAUAAUUAUAUAUAUAUAUAUAUAUAUAUAUAUAUAUAUACAGAAUUAAUGGCAGUCACAUGCAUUACAUAUUAGAAGGGGUUUACAUGGUUUAGAAGUUCUCAAUCACAUGUUGACAAUAUUUUAAUUUGAAUUCUCGGUUUUUCUUUUACUCAAAAUUAGGCAUAAAUGCAAAAGUUUUUCAAUCAUUAUGAUUUUUCCCAAACCUGGCCUGAUCAGCAAAUAAUUGUAUGUCUCUAUUAUGAUGAAUAUAAAUUUCUUUUAAAUUUACUUGCCACAAGAAUAGCCAACAAAAUUAAAGUUCUUAAUACAUGAAUGUGAACUUUGUAUUUUUGUAUAAACUUAAAAUAUAAACAGCAAAAUUAUUCAUUCCUUUCCAACUGAUGACCAUGUCACUCAAUUCUGAAAUUGAGAAGAAAUACGUAAAGAGGACUGAUAGUUGGAAAUUCAUGAAUUGGGAAAUGGGCGUGUAAAGAUUUUAACUGACUGUGCUUUUUUAUGUGAUACAUUAGAGUUUUUAUGUUUAAGAUAACAAAUGUUUAUUUUGCAAUUUAAAUUAUUCUUGAGAAACUUAUGUCUGAGCCUUUCCAUGCUUUUGGAUAGUCACUUUACAUAAUUCUGCUGUGAUCUUCACAUCAUCUGCUUUAAAAAAUGCCAAAUAUGAAAAUGUAGAGAUACACGUAUGAAACUCCAGAAGCUGACUAUUAAAACCAAAAAUAACCAACUCCUGAAAAAGAAUGUAUGCCUGUUUUACACCUGUCUCCUAAUUUAUAGUUGUGUGGUAUUUUUUUUUAUAUACCUAAAAGAUAAGUUGAUACCAAUUGUGAUAAGUCCACUUUUUGUGGUUUGCCUUGAGAUUAGAUAAACAAAUUGUGAUUAGGUUUUCAUAAGGUCAGUUGAAUACUUGCUUUUAUUACAAAAAGGAGUAACUACUUGCAUAAUUAUUACAUACAGUUGUUAGAAUAUCCUAUAAACGGUAGUAUUUUAAUUUUAUAGAGAAAGAAAUUGUUUGUCUUUUCUUUCUCAUGUCAUAUAUUCUUAUAAAAACAAUUAAAACAUGUAAUGUAAAGACAUCUUUGAAGAAAUUAAAUUAAUUAAGGGGUGAAAUGUUUUUUAUUUAAUUUUCUUAUUACUAUUAAAAUAUUAUAUAAUUUUCUGUUUAAAAUAAUGUUAUUAAGUCAAGAUACGUUAAAUUUAUUUACAUUAAGAUCCAAAGAAACUAUUUGUUGGAUUAUAUUACUAAAUUAUAUGUUUUAAAAGUAAAAUAAAAAUUAAUUUCAUAUUUUUGAUCCCUUAAUUAUGUCAUUUCAUCAAGUAUUGAUAAUUUACAUUACUUUUCUUAAACAAAAUGUGAGAAAGUGAUUUUAUAAUUUUAUAUUGCAUUUAAAUAAAAUUACUGCAUUUGUAA